AUGUCUCCUCCCACAGCGACGACGACGGUGACACAGGUGGUGUUGGCGGGACACACCGCACGACUACCCUGUGAGCUGCCUCUGCCCUCUGACCGACCCACGCUCAUACUCUGGUACAAGAACCUGGCCACUAAACCCUUCUACAGCUUUGAUGCUCGUGAAGCGGCCAGCGGUCACCAUAAGGUUCAUGAAGAGUCCCAGCUUGGGAUGAGGUCCCGCUUCAGACUCCAAACUUUCCCUUAUACCUUCAAGGCGCGUCUGGGCUUCCUGGAGGUGGAAGCCAUCUCUCUGGCAGACGCCGGAAACUAUACCUGCAGGGUGGACUUCAUGACAUCACAGACCAUGAUGUCAUUGUUGCAACUCACUAUCCACGAGGACAUCAAGAGCAUUAAGGUAUAUGACGCCUAUGAGACGAUGGUAGGGGAAGUUGCCGGGCCGUACGAACUUUCAUCCAGGAUCAUGCUGUCCUGCCGGGCGUAUGGUGGUUAUCCAGCACCAGUAGUAGAGUGGUGGUCGGGGGAGCAGCUGCUGGAGUCGUCGGUGACGCAGCCGGCCAGCACGCCCACCCACAGGAGCCGCGGGCGGGGCGAGGCGCCCCUCACGGUAGUCAGUGUCAUACUUCACCUUGCCAGCCUCAGGAGGGAGGACAACGGGAGGGAGGUGACCUGCGUGGCUGCCAACACCAACCUCACACAACCUCACACUCAAGCCAUCACCAUACAAAUGUAUC